UUAUACUUUUUACCACCUUUUACUUUUGUUUUGGUGAUAAUUUAUUUUUAUUAAUUAGAUCUAAGAUGAAAUUUGUGUCAAGCUGUCGUGUUUGUGUUGUGUUCUGUUGUUUGUUUUGUGAGAGUCAGCUUGUAUAGAUAAGAAUAUCAACCAUGCAACAAGUUAGAUGCGGUUGGGUUACUAAUGAUCCAGUCUACAUUCAAUAUCAUGACGAAGAAUGGGGUAAACCAGAAUUCGAUACAGAGAAAUUAUUUGAAAUGUUAUGUUUAGAAGGACAGCAGGCUGGAUUAUCUUGGCUUACUAUUUUGAAAAAACGAAAUAGUUACAGAGAGAUUUUCCAGGGAUUUACCCCCUCUAAAGUAGCCAAUUUUACUGAUGAAGAUGUCAAACGGAUUCUGAUCGAUGCAAGAAUUAUAAGACAUAAAGGAAAAAUUGAAGCCAUAAUACAGAAUGCUAAAGCGUAUUUGGAAAUGGAAAAAAAAGAUGAGAAUUUUUCAGAAUUUAUUUGGGAUUUUGUUAGUAAUAAACCUAUUAUCAAUAACUGGAGUGAUAUUAAAGAAAUACCAACUAAAACUGCCGAAUCAAUAGCACUUUCUACAGCAUUAAAAUCUAGGGGAUUUAAAUUUGUUGGGCCCACGAUUUGCUAUGCAUUUAUGCAAGCUUGUGGUUUAAUAAAUGAUCACACAUUAAACUGUUUUGUAACAAAAAAAAAUCGUGAUAAUUGAGAAUAAUUUAAAAAUUGUGUUUUAGG